GCAGUUUAAACCAGGCUGUCUGAGGCUGCAGAGUUGGGUGCGUUAUCCUCCCUAAAAAAAAAACAAAAAAAAACAACUAACCCACAUUAUCUUACCUGCACAGCAAUUACAACAACCAUGACGGCCAACGGAACCAGCGAUUUGGUGCAGAUCCAAUUUGGUCUCAUCAACUGCGGCAACAAAUACCUAACUGCAGAAACAUUCGGGUUUAAAGUCAAUGCCUCUGCCACCAGCAUGAAGAAGAAGCAGAUCUGGACCCUGGAGCAUGACGGGGAUGAAUCCAGCGGGGUCUAUCUGAAAAGCCACCUGGGCAGGUACCUGGCCACCGACAAGGAUGGCAACAUCACAGGUGACAGCGAGACCCCCGGUCCCGACUGCAAGUUCAUCAUUGUCGCCCAUGACGAUGGGCGCUGGUCUCUGCAGUCCGAGCCCCACAAACGCUACUUCGGCGGCACCGAGGACAGGAUCAGCUGCUUUGCUCAGACCAUCUCGAUGGCGGAAAAAUGGUGCGUCCACAUUGCCAUGCACCCUCAGGUUAACCUCUUCAGCCUCACCAGAAAAAGAUACGCGCACCUGAGUUCCAAAAACGACCGGGAGGAGAUCGCCAUUGACAGGGACGUUCCGUGGGGCGUGGACUCCCUGAUCACCUUGGUCUUCCAGGAUCAAAGAUACAGCAUCCAGACCUCGGACAACCGCUUCUUGAAGAACGAUGGCACGCUGGUCGAGAGGCCGGACAAGAGCACCGGGUACACUCUGGAGUUCAGGUCCGGGAAGGUGGCAUUUGGAGACUCCGAAGGGAGGUACCUGGCGCCUUCAGGCCCCAGUGGGACCAUGAAGUCUGGCAAGAGCAACAAAGUUGGCAAAGACGAGCUCUUUGUCCUGGAGCAGAGUUACCCACAGGUGGUCCUUACAGCUGGAAACGAGAGGAAUGUCUCCACCAGGCAAGGAAUGGACCUCUCUGCUAACCAGGAUGAGGAGGGGGACCAGGAGACCUUUCAGCUGGAAAUUAACAAAGACACCAAGAAGUGCGCUUUCAGGACCUGCACUGGGAAAUACUGGACCCUCACGGCCAACGGAGGAGUGCAGUGCACCGCCUCCACAAAGAAUGCUAACUGCUACUUCGACGUGGAGUGGCGUGAGAAGAAGAUCACUCUGAAAGCCGCCAAUGGGAAAUACGUGGCAGCUAAAAAGAAUGGACAGCUUGCAGCUACCAUCGACCAGGCCGGAGAGACGGAGGAGUUUCUUAUGAAACUCAUUAACAGGCCUAUCGUUGUCCUGCGAGGGGAGCACGGCUUCAUUGGCUGCAGAAAGGUGACUGGCACCCUGGACUCAAACCGCUCCUCCUACGAUGUCUUUCAGCUGGAAUUCCACAAGGGGGCGUACAGUCUCAGAGACUCCACUGGCAAGUACUGGAUGGUUGGUAAUGAAUCCUUUGUGAUCAGCAGCAGCGACAGUCCGGUGGACUUCCUCUUGGAGUUCUGCGACUACAACAAGGUGGCGAUCAAGGCGCCAAACGGCAAGUAUCUGAAGGGAGACCAUGCUGGCGUGCUGAAAGCCUCUGCCGACUCCAUCGACGGCUCCACCCUCUGGGAGUAUUAGAAGCACUUUAGAAACCACUGUGGCUUUUUUUUUUUUCUUCUUCUUUUAUAUAUAUAUAUAUAUACAUAUAUAUAUAUAUAUAUAUAUAACAGAAUACACUUUUGCAUGCAAUCACGCAGGUCAUUUAAUGGUUGCAGACCUGCCGUGGCUUGUGAAACUUGCUUAACCUUCAGAACUUUUAAUGUUGGCUUGCCUGGGUCGCGUAGUUGUGUAUUUACCACCUUGUAACUGUGAGAGAGGUUUGGCAUUUGCCUGAAAUGUGUUUUGAAUUGGUUGGUAGGGUUUAUUUUAUUUCAUUAUUUUUUUUGGAGGGGGGGGGGGAGGGUUUGAGAGUGCAGGAUCAGAUUGUGAGUUUGGGCCAAAUACUUUCGCAAUGCACGUUCACUGGGAAGAUAGACUAUUGUAAUCACUGGCUUUACAAUACAUUUACACCCCCUCAGAUUUGUUUUAAGGUGCCAUUGUAAUCUCUAAAUGCAGCCAGGACUAGGAUUAUUGCACACAUCCGUAUGGGCAGCAGCAGCAUCACCAUUGUCAUUGUCAUUCCCUCUGCUUGGGAUGCUUGAAUUGAGCACUAUGAUAAGCACAUGCCCAGUCUCAUCAGAGCAGUGAAAAAGAGGCAGAACCAUCUGCACAGACUAGCCUUUGUCUAAAUCAGUCAAAUCAAAACAACUGGAAAGGAGGAAAUGAUUUUUAAUAGAUUGAGGGGGAAUAGAAGGUUUAAAUAAACAGGUGGUGUUGCUCAUACCCAUUUAUGUAUGUGUGUUGCUGAUUUUGAAUAAUGUGAGUUUUGUCUAGGUGGAAUGUUUACAUUUGUGUUGACCUACGUGUGUGCCACAAGUGAUUCAGGAGUUCAAAACCAACAAAACUCAAAUUGCUUCAAAGCCAUCAGGUAAUAUAAUGCAACGAGAAGAGAAAUGACAAACUGGGAAGAAAAUAAAAAUACAAUACUUGUCAAAUGCUACCAUUAUGUUUCUUCUGCAAUGCCCAGCAAAUGUCUGUCAGAAUGAGCCAAAUUAUUAUUAUUAUUAUUAUUAUUAUUAUUCACUUUUUUAUAUAAAAGUUAUUGUUUUCAAUUCUGUAGGUGCAAGCUUAAAAGUCCUCUUGGUUAAAGUUGACAAGUUGUUGCAGGUUCAACACGUUUCAAAAUGUAGAAAUCAAUAAAGUGGUUUUUCCCCCUGGCAGUGAAGGAUCCAUGGCAGGAUUGCUCUUACUCCUGUGCUGUAAGCCAGAAACAUCCCAAGCUAUGUAUUCAGAAGGGAAUGUACUGAACUUUCAGAAACUGGAAGAAAUUACCAAACUAGUACUCUCAAAGGCACGGCCCUUAUUUGUGUUUUUCCUUUGGUCCUGGUUUUGUUAAUGUACCUAAACUGAUUAAAAAAAUAAAUAAAUAAAUAA